GCGUUUGUUAUUUAACGAAAUGUCAAAGAAAUUGAGGUGAAUAAUUCAACAAUUCAAGAUCUCUGGAUCCAACACCCGCGAGUGUUGUUAUCAUGAAGGUCAGAAAAUCAACGGCAGUCUGGAUACGAUCGACGAUAAAGGACUCACGAUAGUCGGAAUGUUGAGUAUUUCAGCCCCAUCAAAAUUCGUGUUAACCCUACAAUCAGUGCCACCAUUUUUCCUCGAGAGUUUUCUCGCAUUUAUCCUGGUGAUUCUUCUGGCCAUUCCGCUUAUCGCACGUGCUCAAAUGCUUCUCGAAAACCCGAUGAACUACUUUCCCCCUGUCCCGCGGAAGCAUCCACCCGUUUUCCCACCCCCCAGCCGAGAGCAACCACCAACACCAGCAAUUAACGUCAAUCUGCAACUCGAUACGAUCCGCUCAAAUCCAUUAUCAUCCCCCAGCCCCGAGGACGAGCUGAAUUUCGAUAUUCAGUUGCUACCCCUGAUCCGGAAAAAGUCCCUCCAGACGUGUCCCUCAGACACAUCCACCCACGACUACGAGCUCUACCGUCAUAAUUUCAUAGAGCUAAACCUGAAAAAGCAGUUUGGAGAGAGAAUACCGGGUAACGUUGUCCUGAACGCCCACCACCUGAGCACAAUCGACUCAAAGAUCCUGUUAAAAGUGAACAGGAACUUCCCAGAAAACUUGUUUGACUUCAUCGAGCCCCCGAGUACCAGAAAAGUAAAGCCCCAUCCACCACAGCCCCACCCUACAGAUCACUUUCUCCCGAGGAACUCCAAGAACCCCUCAAAGAACCUGAUCAGCAUCGACAAAGCAAUAGGAACUCUCGAUCCAUCCCUGGAAAUCGAUCAGGUUCCAGAACUAAUAGAUUUCAAAGAGCGCACCACCCCGACAUCUCCGAGAUCUCCCAGAAGACUAGCAGAGAGCGCUGACAACGUUAAAAUCCUGAACACCAGGAACUCCAGGAAAAAACUGGAGUCAACGUCAAGUCUUCCGACGAGUUCGCCUGUCAGACCUGAUAAUCAGGUCAGAACGAGGACUCAGGAUCAGAGGCAGGUGGAGACGAGGCGACGACCGUUGAAGCCUCCGAGGCUGAGGACUGACAGGAGUGAAGUUCUCGAUGUGAGAACUUUGAAGGAGAGCGGACCUGAUAGGUCCUCGAUAACUUGUCCCUCAGUGGCGUCCAGCGAAGCCUUCAGCAUUAACAGCAGCUCCUCGAAACAACCGGAUAAAGUUAUCUCCAGGCCGACAUCAUCAUGCGGUUCCAACAAGGGUUUCAGGAACUUCGGGCCCCGAGUGAACUCCAGACCCAGGUCCGGAGGGUUCUUCGGGUGGGACAUUCCUGAUUGUCCUGAUCCCCUCAAUUCUCCGGCUUCUUUUGAUCCUAACGAUUAUCCUCGUCCCUUGAUUGCCAUUGAUCAUCCGGGAACUCUUGGUGAUGAUCAGGCAGUGAGGGAGAUCAGACAUACCGAGAACUCAGUCAAAUCAAAUGCAGUAGAGAAGAAAGUGAGAACUGACGGACUGUUGUCUGAGCCUUCUUCACUCCCUCAGUCUCGUCUGGAUGAACUGAAUGAUGUGACAGCUGAUGGGGAUCAGUCCUCUUCCGCUCUGCAUCCUCAGUGUACCGAGGAGAGGAUGCGGAAGUCGCGGCUUCCAGUCAGGCUGACAGAGACGUCGAGAAAAGUGGUGAAAAAAAAUUCCCUCGUCGAUAAAAUUGGAUGGGAGUCGAGGAAAAAGGAGGACUUUGCUCUUCAAGUUUCUGCUUCUGUAAUUAAGUCGGGUAUUGAUGAUAAUUACAGGAAUUCUUUUGGUGGUGAUAAGCAACUUUUGGGGGGAGGGGGUGGACAAGGUGGAGAGACUAAUCAGGAGUUAUCGGGGGAGACUAUCGGGGUGGUUAUGCCGGAAAAGGGGGAAAGGGGGGAGGGAAAAAUGGGGGAGGUAAAUAUAUCAAAUCAGACGGAUCAUGUGGAAUCGGAGAGUUCCAGGGACGCAACGUAA